AUGGCCUUCCCAGCCCGAUCACGCCCGUGCACCAUCCCAGAGAAUGAAGAAAUUCCCCGGACAGUCCUUAACAGUGUCGUCGAGGCUAAUGGGAAUGAAGAUGAGAGGGCUGUGUCCAAGCUGCAGCGCAGGCACAGUGAUGUAAAAGUCUACAAGGAAUUUUGUGAUUUUUAUGCAAAAUUCAACAUGGCCAAUGCCUUGGCCAGUGCCACGUGUGAGCGCUGCAAGGGAGGCUUUGCGCCUGCUGAGAAGAUCGUGAACAGUAAUGGUGAGCUGUACCAUGAGCAGUGCUUCGUGUGUGCCCAGUGCUUCCAGCAGUUCCCAGAAGGACUCUUCUAUGAGUUUGAAGGAAGGAAGUACUGUGAGCAUGAUUUCCAGAUGCUCUUUGCUCCCUGCUGCCACCAGUGUGGUGAAUUCAUCAUUGGUCGGGUUAUUAAAGCCAUGAACAACAGCUGGCAUCCUGAGUGCUUUCGAUGUGACCUCUGCCAGGAAGUGCUGGCAGACAUAGGGUUUGUCAAGAAUGCUGGCAGACACCUGUGUCGUCCAUGCCAUAACCGUGAAAAGGCCAGAGGCCUUGGAAAAUACAUUUGCCAGAAAUGCCAUGCCAUCAUUGAUGAACAACCUCUCAUCUUCAAGAAUGACCCUUACCAUCCAGACCACUUCAACUGUGCCAACUGCGGGAAGGAGCUGACUGCUGAUGCCCGGGAGCUGAAAGGAGAGCUGUACUGUCUGCCAUGUCAUGAUAAGAUGGGGGUCCCUAUCUGUGGCGCCUGUCGGAGGCCCAUUGAAGGGCGAGUAGUGAAUGCCAUGGGCAAGCAAUGGCAUGUGGAGCAUUUUGUUUGUGCCAAAUGUGAAAAGCCAUUUCUUGGACAUCGCCAUUAUGAGAGGAAGGGCUUGGCCUAUUGCGAAACUCACUAUAAUCAGCUAUUUGGUGAUGUUUGCUUCCACUGCAACCGCGUCAUAGAAGGUGAUGUGGUCUCUGCGCUCAACAAGGCCUGGUGUGUGAGCUGCUUUGCCUGUUCCACCUGCAAUACCAAACUGACGCUCAAGAAUAAAUUUGUGGAGUUUGACAUGAAACCAGUCUGCAAGAAGUGCUAUGAGAAAUUUCCAUUGGAGCUGAAGAAAAGACUUAAGAAACUAGCUGAGACCUUAGGAAGAAAGUAACUUCUGGUUUAACCAAUAUUACUUAGCUUGAUCCACCCUUAACUAAAGAUGCAUCAAAGCAUUAGAGAGAAUUUUUUUUUCGUUUUCCUUUUCUGAUUUAAAAAGAAAAAAAUGUUUAUUCCCAUGUAAAACACAGAUGAAAUCAGGACUUUAGCCUUAGCAGUCUGUGGACAUUAAAUGCUAUAUAGCGGGAUUAAAAAAAAAAAAGAAAAGAAAAGAAAACAUGUUAAAGGAUAAUUUUAAUUAAUCCCUGUCCUCCAAAUAAAUUUAACUCUUCAAAAUUAAAGCACUCUGCUCCACGAGCCAACGCUGGGUCUGUGUAGAAAGAGAACUCACUCCCAUGAGUUGUCCUCUCACCUCCACAGUCACCUGAGUGCUGAGCCUUGUUUCCAAAAACAAAAAGUGGCUGUGCACGUGAUAGUACCUGUGUGCUAGUACCUGUGCUUCAUACAUAAUCUGACUUGCCUCGCCUUAGAAAACUGCAUCCCCUAAUCAGGAAUGUGAGAUGUUUCAUAUAAUACCAAAUAAAAAUAAAUACUUUGACUAAGAUUUAUAAAGAGUCAGCUUUUACAUGGCUCAGAUUUUAAAAGACUCCAAACUUUGCUUUCUUUUAUCUCAUAAGAAAAUAUUUUCUUAGGCUGGAGAGGUGGCUCAGUGGUAAAGAGCACUGGCUGCUCUUCCAGAGAUCCUGAGUUCAAUUCCCAGCAACCACAUGGUGGCUCACAACCAUCUGCAAUGAGAUCUGGUGCCCUCUUCUGGCUUGCUUGUCUACCUGCAGGCAGAAUACUGUAUACAUAAUAAAUAAAUAAAAUCUUAUAAAAAAAAGAAAAUAAUUUCUCACUCAUAUACUGGAGAAGGCUAUAGGAAAGAUAAGUAAACUACCAAAAUAAUUCCUAUGCACUCCUAGUGUGUUUAUCCAGUUAGUGUUGUAAAAAGGAACAUGCGUAUUACUAAGAAGCAAAAAUAUUUCAAAAAGACUUGAAUAUUGGUCAAAUCACUAUGCUUAGUUUUCUGUUUUGUGCUCCUUAUGAGCUUCUUUCUUUGUACAGUUACUUAACACAGUUGCUGUAACUACUGGUAUAUCUUUUACAUUGUUGAGCAAAUCAAAGCUAUACCAGUUAUCUUGAAAAUGUUGCACACUUUGUGAUAUUGGGAAAAUGAAUCAUUUUAAAAAAUAUGUUAUACAAUUAUACUUUUAAGCUAAUGUAAAAUAUGUAGUAUUCAAAUAGGACAUGAGAUGAACUAUUAUGCAGCUUGGAAUGUAUCACUUUCAAAAGUGGGUGUGAGUCAGGGAUGGCAGCACUGGCCUUUAAUCCCUGCACUCUGCAUGCAGAGGAGGACAGAGCUCUGAGAGUCCUAAGCCAGCUGAGGACUCUUGUUUCAGAAAAUGUGGAUGUGCACGUCAUAGUACCUGUGUGCUAAUAUCUGUGCUUCAUACAUAAUCUGACUUUCCUUGCCUUAGAAAACUGCAUCCCCUAAUCAGGAAUGCUAGAUAUUUCAUAUAAUACCAAAUAAAAAUACUUUGAGAUUUGUAAAUUUAGAAUCAUUCAUCACUGAUAAACUUUAAAAAUUCUUUCUCAGGAAGCCAGUGGAAACUAAUACUUGUCCUCUUAUUAGAAUGAUGUUGAUACAUGUGUUAGUUUUUUUCAUUUCAAAUGUUGUAAUUGGGUUUUAUCUACUAUAAGAUAGUAAAAAGGUAUAAAUAAUACUUUCAGAUUGAAAGAGAGUGGUAAGAAUAUUAACUUCAGGUAAAACUCAGUUCUAUUUUAUGAAAGUUUUUAUUCUGAAAUGUCUGGACCAUUCUUUUUGUAUAAACUCAAUAUGCAAAAGUAUGAACAUUUUAAAGAUGUUUCUGUUGCUAACAUGUUACUUUUUUUUUUCUAAGUUACCAAGAUAUAUAUAGCCAACAUUGCUGGGUAUGGUGACUCACACUGUCGUCUCUGCACUUAGGAGGCAGGAAGAUCGCCAUGAGUUGGAGGCCAGGCCUAGUUACGGUGUGAGAUGCUGUCCCCCAAGACACCCCAGAAACAACAACACUAGUAUAUCAUUUUGCCAUUAAGGCUAUCUCAGGGGCCUAGGAAAUAGCUCAGUCAGUAAAGUACUUGGGCGUUAGGACCUGACUUUGACAUGGAGGUGAGCAGAUCCACUGUACUCACUGGGUUGCCAACCCAGCCUAACUGGUGAGCCCCAGAUCUAAGAGGCUCUUGCUUCAUUCUCUCAAAUGAAGCAAGGUGGGCGGCUCCUGAGGAAUGACACCCAAGAUAGACAUCUGGCCUCCACGUACACAUAUACUUAUCACACAUUCAGAAAUACAUACUCAGACAUAUAUACAAAAAAGGAUAUCUCAGGAUGCUAUUACUCUGCCAUUAAAAUGUUUGUAAUCAUGAAUUUUUUUAAAAUACUUGGUUAUGCACAUUAUAGAAUGAAUACAUUUCUGCUUUCAGAUAACUAACUUGUAGCCAGUUACUUUAUUUUUUAAUUUUCUUUUGGGAUUAAGAAAAUUAUAAGUGAUUAAAAACAAUACAUGCUUUGUGUUUGUUUAGCAGUUUAAAAUUGUCUUUGACAAUAAGAACCAAAAUUACUUCAGUGUGCCUUUGUCAGCUAAUAAUGACAAGCAAUGAGUACCUUAAAGGUGUUUAUGAAGAAGUAUUAUACACGCAUUUAGGCAAGUAGAAUUUGUAGUCUAGGGUCUUGAUGCUAUGUACCUCACUAGCUAUACGAAGCAGAAAAGCAAGCAUUCACAUGCUUCCCCCAUCGCUUUAGAGAUGUAUGGCCUGAGCCAUUGCUUACACAUCUUACAUGUCAUCCGUAGCCAGAGUCCCCGCUGCCGUCUUUGCUCAGUCCUCUUCAGACAGGACUCUUCAAGUUUGACUUGGUGGUUAUAUGAUACUUCAUCAAGAGAUGGUGCUUCUCUCUGUGGGGGUAUCAUUGGAGCCCUUAGUGCGGAAGAAGAUGGAGAGGUUUAACUGGGGCAAAGACAGACUUGGUCCAGUUCCUGUUUGUUGUUGGGUUCACUGGCUACUGGUAUUUGCUAGUGGACAUCUCUGUUUGAAUUUUUAGGGGCAAUCUGAAAUAAUUGUGCUUAUAACAUUUUUAAGUGCCCUUUUUGUCCAUAGUUCUCCUAAUAUAAUGGGAAAAAUGGAAACACAUAAAAUAUUUUUUUUGUGUCAUGUUCAAAGCCUUAUUAACACUGAAAUAGGUCAUUUUGCUUCAUCCAUUUGCCAAAGUAGCCAAUUCCAAGUUAAGGAAACUUUGACAUAGGCUGACAAUAUUCUUGUAUUUUAUUUUAGAGUGUAAGCUUAAUGGCUGGAAAUUAUAUCAAUAAUUGUGCUUUUUAUGUAUCAACCAUUGCUGUAUACUUUUGGUGCUUAAUAAAUGUUCAUAAUUAUC